CGCGCUCUCACUGCACAACACACCGAGGCGAGGAUCACAGCGACGUGCCCAGUUCACCCGCGAGCAAUCGACACUCUGGACUCUCAGCACUCGGCGGGAAUAGAAUGCUUCCCGGAAGAUGACAGAUGCAAAGGAGCGACGCCGACUCGCGCUGUACGAAUCCGUUUCAGACGCCAAUUUACUGGCGUGACGGAGCGAAGGGGACACCGCCGGGGAUGGAAGAUGAAAGAGAAGAUGUCCAGAAGAAAACAUUCUCCAAGUGGAUAAAUAGUCAGCUAACGAAGACCGGGAAGCCCCAGAUUGAUGACCUCUUCUCUGACCUGUGUGAUGGGCGACGCCUCCUGGACCUCCUGGAGGGUCUGUCGGGAGAGGAGCUAGCUAAAGAAAGGGGCUUUUCUCGCGUUCACGCUCUCAACAAUGUGAACAGGGCCCUGCAGUUCCUUCAGAAGAACAAUGUUGAACUGGUGAAUAUUGGUGGGGUGGACAUCGUUGAUGGAAAUCACAAACUCACUUUAGGCCUCAUCUGGAGCAUCAUCCUGCACUGGCAGGUGAAAGAUGUGAUGAAAGAUUUAAUGGAGGGGCUACAGCAGACCAGCAGUGAGAAGAUUCUGCUGAGCUGGGUGCGGCAGUCCACUCGAGACUACAAGCAAGUCAACGUGGUCAACUUCUCCAGCAGCUGGUCUGAUGGGCUGGCCUUCAAUGCCCUCAUCCAUAGCCACAGGCCGGAGCUGUUCGAGUGGAAGAGCGUGGAGAAGCAGGCGGACAUCGAGAGGCUGGACCAUGCCUUCCGCAUCGCCAAGCAACAGCUGGGCAUCGACCAACUCCUGGAUCCUGAGGACGUGGCCACGUCGCACCCUGACAAGAAGUCCAUCAUCAUGUACGUCACCUCGCUGUUCCAAGUGCUGCCUCAGGGUGUCAGUAUGGAGGCCAUCCAGGAGGUGGAGACGCUCCCCGACGCUCGAGCCGCCGCGCAGGAGGCGGAGCCAGGCGCCGUGACCGAGUCGGCGCGGGAGGCGGAGAUUGUGCGCGUGACCGGGACCACGCGGGAGGAGCACGUGCAGAUCCAGAAACAGCAGCGCUACUCCCAGCAGAUUACAGUGAGCGUGGCUCAGGGGAGGGUUCGAACCCCCUCCCCUUCUCUUAAACCUCGCUACAAAAGCUACACCUACACGCAAGCUGCUUACGUCAAGUCACCGGAUCAGAAGAGAAGGCGCUUUACGUCACAGUCUCCAGACAGCCAGGGAGAGGAGGACCACCACACCGGCAGCCCCCUCCCCAGAGCGGACACCCACCUGGAGGGGUACCAGAGCGCCCUGGAGGAGGUCCUGACCUGGCUGCUCUCCGCCGAGGAUGGCCUGCAGGCCCAGCCGCCCAUCUCCAGCCACGUGGAGGAGGUCAAGGAGCAGUUUCACACCCACGAGGGCUACAUGGUGGAGUUGACGUCGCAGCAGGGCAGCGUGGGUAGGGUCCUGCAGAUGGGGAACGCGCUGCUGUCCGACGGCCGCUUGACGGAGGACGAGGAGAGCGAGGUUCGGGAGCAGAUGAACCUGCUCAAUUCCCGCUGGGAGCACUUGCGUGUGGCCAGUAUGGAACGGCAGAGCAAGUUACAUGAGGCCCUGAUGGACCUGCAACACCAGCAGCUGAAGCAGCUCACUGAUUGGCUAGACGUUACGGAAGCCCGGAUCAAGCGCAUGGAGGCGGAGCCACUGGGGCCCGACUUGGAGGACGUUAAACACCAAGUGGAAGAGCACAAACUUCUCCAGGAAGACCUGGAGUCGGAGCAGGUGCGCGUGAACUCCCUCACCCACAUGGUGGUGGUGGUGGAUGAGAACAGCGGGGACAGCGCCACCGUGGCCCUGGAGCUGAAACUGCAGCACUUAGGGGAUCGGUGGGCCGCCAUAUGCAAGUGGACGGAGGAGCGCUGGGUUCUACUGCAAGAGAUUCUGCUCAAGUGGCAGCACUUCACCGAGGAGCAGUUCUUGUUUGACUCCUGGCUGACGGAGAAGGAGGCUCUCGUCCGAUCGAUCCAGAGCAGGGAUUUCAAGGACCAGAAUGAGAUGGUUGCCAGCCUGAAAAAGCUUGCGGUUGUGAAGGGGGAUCUGGAGAUGAAGAGACAGACGAUGGACAAGCUGUGUGCCCUGAGCCAGGACCUGCUGUGCAGGGUGAAGAACAAGGAGCUGGCCCACAAGCUGGAGGCCCGCCUGGAGAACCUGGCCCAGCGCUGGGACAAACUGGUGCACCUGCUGGAGGAGAACAGCACCCAGAUCUCGCUGGCUGUCACCACCGCCCAGACCGAACAGACUCAGACCACCGUCAUGUCGACCGUAACCAAGGUGACUAGGCGGGAGCAGGUGAAGCACACCAAGGCGGAGGCGCCUGUCCCCCCUCAGAAGAAGAGGCAGAUCGUGGUGGACUCCGAGCUCCGGAAGAGGUUCGACGUGGACUUCACGGAGCUGCACAGCUUCAUGACGCGCUCGGAGGCCACCCUGCAGAGCCCCGAGUUCUCCGAGAGGGGCAAGGAGGCCAGCGUUUCGGACCUGCACGACAGAGUGCUGGCAAUAGACAGGGAGAAGCCGGAGAAGCUGAGGAAACUGCAGGAGGCUACUCGCUCUGCACAGGCUCUGGUGGAUCAGCUGGCCAGUGACGGCCAGCACGCGGACGACAUCCAGCAGGCGGCGGAGCAGCUGAACAGCCGCUGGGUGGAGUUCUGCGCGCUGCUGGACGAGCGGCUGUCCUGGCUGGCCUACCAGACCAAGGUGCUGGCCUUCUACAGCCAGUUCCAGCAGCUGGAGCAGGCCGUGCUGACCGCCGAGAACUGGCUGAAGGUGCAGCAGCCGCCCGCCUGCGACCCGGAGCUGCUGCGGGUUCAGCUGGAGCGCUGCAGGGAUGAGCUGGCCCGCCUCUCGUCCCUGCAGCCGCAGGUGGAGAAGCUGAAGGACCAGCUGAACGAGCUGCGGGAGAAGGAGGAGGGGGCGCCCGUCGUUCUGGACGCUGACAUCACCGCCUUCACAGAGCAUUACAGGGAGGUCCUGGCCGACCUGCGGGCCCGCGAGCGGCAGCUCCUGCUGGUCCAGGAGAGCCUGCCGCCGCAGCGGUAUAAGGAGACGGUGACGUCGCUGCUGGCCUGGCUUCAGCAGUGCGAGGCCCAGCUGUCUGUUCCCUCGGCGGCUGUCACUGUCUACCCCGUGAUGGAACAGCGGCUCAAGGACAUCCAGGCCCUGCAGGUGGGGCUGCAGGAGCACCAGAGUGACCUGGACUACCUGACGGUCACCAUGGAGCAGGUGUGUCAGAAGGCCCCCCCCGAGGUGGGCCACAGGUUCCGGGCGGAGCUGGAGCCCCUGGCGCUGCGCUGGAAGAAGCUGUCGGAGCUGCUGUCUGAGCGCGCUCAGACCCUGCAGGGCCUGAUGGACAAGCUGCAGCAGUUCCAGAACGACACAAAGACGCUGCGGAAGUGGAUGGCUGAGGUGGACGUGUUCCUGAACGAGGAGUGGCCAGCCCUGGGUGACUCAGAGGCGCUGGAGAAACAACUGGAGCAGUGCACGGCCCUGGUGAACGACAUCAACACCAUCCAGCCCAGCCUGAACGGCAUCAACGAGGUGGGGCUCGCGCUGAAGAGGGAGGCGGAGCCUGCGUUCGGCAGCAAGCUGCAGAAGGAAAUCGCAGAGCUCAACGCCCAGUGGGAGAACAUCUGCAAGCAGGCCUAUGCUAAGAAGUCGGCGCUGAAGGGCGGCUUGGACCGGACGGUGAGCCUGCGGAAGGACCUGUCGGAGAUGCAGGAGUGGAUCACGCAGGCGGAGGAGGAGUUCCUGGAGCGAGACUUCCAGUACAAAACCCCAGAGGAGCUGCGCAAGGCCGUGGACGAGCUGAAGAGGGCUCAGGAAGAGGUGGCUCAGAAGGAAGUGAAGGUGAACCUCUUGACAGAAACGGUCAACAACUUCCUGUCCAAGGCCCCCCCGGCCGCCCACGAGGCCCUGACCGCGGAGCUGCAGGUCCUGACCAACAACUACCAGCGCCUGUGCAGCCGGCUCAACGGGAAGUGCAAGACCCUGGAGGAAGUGUGGGCCUUGUGGGGGGAGCUGCUUUCCUACCUGAAGCAGGAGAACAGCUUUCUGGAUCAGCUGGAGAAGAAACUGCACGAGGUUGAGAACAUCCAGGGAGGAGCGGAGGAGAUGUCUGAAGCGCUGGAUGCUUUGGAGACUCUGCUCCGUCACCCCGAGGACAAUCGGACCCAGAUCAACGAGCUGGCCCAGACCUUGAUGGACGGCGGGGUCCUGGAUGACCUCAUCAAAGAAAAGCUGGACGCGUUCAACGCGCGCUGGGAGGAGCUUAUGCGGCAGGUGAGCGAGCGGCGACGCGAUUGCUGUUUAGCCGAGCCGCGUGGGGCAUCAGUUUACCCCGACGUGGUGGCGCUGGUGACUGGAGGUGAGCCUGGCAGUGCCAGCGCCCUGAGGGAGAAACGGCAGGAGAUGAAGCAGCCCUGCCUCUUCAUCAUCUAUAGAGGAGAGAAGCUGGUCGAGCUCUCCAAUGGCACGCAAGUGUAUGCUGUGCAGAGGCAGCAGCAGCUGGAGAAGAGUGUGCAGUGGGCCCAGGAGAACGACAAGACCCUGCGUCUCAUCCAGGAGUCUCUGCAGUCCACUGACCGACACCUGUCUUCUUACAUCGCCGACCACAUCGAUGCCAGCCAGAUACCACAGGAGGCACAGAAAAUCCAGGCAGAGCUGAACAGCCACGAGCAGAGCCUGGAGGAGAUGAAGAAGAAGAACGAGGCGAGGGACCCGUCCGACAGGGUGCGCUCUCAGAUCGACAUCACACAGAAGAAGCUCCAGGAGGUGACCACCAAGUUCCGCAUCUUCCAGAGGCCGGCCAACUUCGAGCAGCGCCUGCAGGACUGCGAGCGGGCGCUGGACGACGUGAAGACGCAGCUGGGGGUGCUGGGCAUCCGCAGCGUGGAGCAGGACGUGGUGCAGUCGCAGCUGGACCAGUGCAUGAAGUUCUAUAAGAGUCUAAGUGAGGUGAAGGGCGAGGUGGAGACGGUGAUAAAGACGGGGCGCCAGAUCGUCCAGAGGCAGCAGACCGAGAACCCCAAAGAGCUGGACGACCGACUGACCGCUCUCAAGCUGCUGUACAACGAUCUGGGGGCCCAGGUGACUGAGGGAAAGCAACAGUUGGAGAAGAGUCUGAAGUUGUCACGGAAACUGCGCAAGGAAGUGAACAGUCUGACGGAGUGGUUGGCGGCGACGGACGCGGAGUUGACGCGCAGGUCGGCCGUGGAGGGCAUGCCGAAGGACCUGGAGGCUGAAGUGGCCUGGGCCAAGGCCACGCAGAAGGAGACGGAGAGGCAUGAGCCUCAGCUGCGGAGCGUGAUGGAGCUGGCCGACGCCCUGAAGGCCCUGCUGAAGGGGCAGGAGAGCCUGGUGGAGGACAAGGUCAGCCUGCUCAACUGCAACUGGAUCGCCGUCACGUCCCGCAGCGAGGAGUGGCUCAACCUGCUCCUGGACUACCAGAGGCAGAUGGAGUCGCUGGAUCAGAACAUCGCUCAGAUCACCGCCUGGAUGUACCGGGCCGAAAUCCUGCUCGACGAGUCCGACACCCCGGCCUCCAGCGACCAGGUGCUUAAGAAUCUGCGGGCGGAGCUGGAGGACAUGCGUGUGAAGGUGGAGGCGGUGCGGGGGCAGGCCCAGGACCUGAUAAAGAACCGAGGGGAACACUGCCGGGCCCAGGUGGAGCCCAAAGUGGAGCAGCUCAACCAGCGCUUUGAGGAGGUCGCCCGCCGGAUCAGAACUGGGCAGGUACGGUCCGCCCAAUCAGAGUGUUGCACACUGCCAUGCUGUCGCUCUGUCAUCAUCUGCCCAAUCAGAGUGUUGCACACUGCCGUGCUGUCACACUAUUGUCAUCUGUCCAAUCAGAGUGUAGGACACUGCCGUGCUGUCACUCUGACAUCAGUCACGCACUAUGGUGAAAUUGGACUCCCAUUUGCGCUGAUGAACGCUGCUUCGGCCAGGGAGGUGGAGCAGUACCACAGCGAGGCUCGCAUCUGGCUGGAUCUCCUGGAGGAGGAGGUGCAACAGGGGGAGAACCUGAAGGAGGAGGACUUCCAGCAGGAGAGCGACUGCGAUGAGGGGCCAGUGAAGGAGCUCCUGGAGAAGGGGGAGAGCCUGCAGAAGAGGGUGCCUGACGAGGGGAAGCGAGAGGAGAUCCGCAUCAAACACGACCAACUGAACAGCAAGUACAACACUGUGAAGGACCUGCGGGCCCUGCGGAAGAGGAAGGCCCUGGCGAUCGCCCCGCAGUGGUACCAGUACCGCCGCAAGUCCGACGACCUGCUGCAGUGGCUGGACGACAUCGAGCGGAGCGUGGCGGAACUGCCAGACCCCCCGAAGGAGCAGAGGGUGAAGGAGAUUGGCUCGGAGCUGGAGCAGAAGAGUGGGGAGCUGAGCGAGUUGCGGGUGCAAGCCCAGGUGUUGGCUGAUGGGGGCGCUGCACGGCUCGUGGAGCCUCGCCUCACCCAGCUCAACAAACGCUGGGAGGUGGUCGAUGGCAAAUUCGCUCCUUUCCGACGUUCCAUACAAAGUGCCUACUUAAAUGACCUGCGAGACCUACUGAAGUCCAUUGCUGAGACAGAGUUCCUGCUGAACUCCCCUGAGUACUGGGCAGUGUACUACGACCUGCCCAAACAGGAACAGUGCCUACAGGAUGUGAAGGUGAGACUGGAGAAGCUGCAGCCUCCAGUAGAGGGCGCUCAAGCGAGGAAGGGCGAUGUUCUCCACUCUGCAACUCCCCAAGAAAUCCAACAUGUCCAGGAAACUCUGUUGCUCCUCAGCACAAACUGGGAGAAAGUUAACAAGCUGUACCGUGACCGCCAAGCGCGCUUUGAGCUGUCCCAGGGGAAGUGGCGCAAGUUCAGCGCAGACUCGAAGGCGCUGACGAAGUGGCUCGGUGGCGCGGAGCAGACCCUGGAGCAGGCCGAGCAGGACCCCGUCCGCGCCAGAGAGCGUCUGAAGGAGCUGGAGGACGCCGUGGGGGCUCAGGAGGGCGCGGUGGCGAGCCUCAACGCCGCCGGCGAGGAGAUCAUUCAGCAGAGCCGGCCGGACGACGGCCUCCGGAUCAGGGAGCAGCUGAGCGCGCUCAACAAGCGCUGGGAGGACGUGCGCGGACGGCUGGCGGAGAGGAAGAGGAGGUCGACGGAGGCGCGUCACGCGGCGGCCGAGCUGCAGGAGGACCUGAGCGAGUUCCUGUCCUGGCUGGACGAGGCGGAGGGCGCGGCCGCCAUCGUUCCGCAGCCGGGCAACCAGGAGCAGCUGAGGGCGUCGCUGGAGAAAGUGCAGCCAAGGGUGCUGGAGCUGCCGCGCAGGAAGGACACCCUUAAAGAGCUGAACGACCGGAAGGCGAGCGCAUCACUGCCUGCGCCCAAACAGAGUGAGGCUCUACAGGCAGACCUGCAGCUCAUCAAUACUCGCUGGACUAAGGUCUCUCGGGUGUUGCCAGAGAAGCUGCAGGAGAUCUUGGACCUGCUGAAGGAUCUGUCUCAGGUCCAGGAUCAGGUCUCCCAGCUUUCCCUCUGGGCCUCCAGCACCAAAGAGCAGCUUCAGCUCUGCAGACAAACGGGCGAUACCAAGGAGAUAGAAGAUUCUGUCCAAGCCAAGCGUCCGGAUGUGGAAGGAGUUUUCGCCAAGUUUCAGCUGUUGUACAAGAACAGACCCCCCUCGCAGCCUUUAAAGGGGAAGUUUGACGAGCUCAGUGUGGACUGGAGGGCCAUCCUGGAGCUGCUGAAGGAGCUGAAGGAGAAGCAGAGCAGGGUAGUGACCCCUGACACUGCGCGAGAGAAGGUGACGGAGACUCUGACUGGCAGUGCCACGCUGGGUGAGAUGCCAUCCUCACUGUUUAUGGAGAUGCCAGCCCUGGCACAAUUCAACAGGUCCUGGAUGGAGCUCACCGAUUGGCUGUCGCUACGUGACCACCUGGUCAAGUCCCAGAGAGUCACAGUGGCUGACCUGGAGGAGAUCAAUGAUAUGAUUGUGAAACAGAGGGCCACACUGCAGGACCUGGAGCAGAAGCGCCCCCAACUGGACAGUCAGAUCACUGCCGCUCAAAACCUCAAGAACAAAACCAACAAUCAGGAGGCCCGUGCUUUCAUCACCGACCGCAUUGAUAAAUUACAGACACAGUGGGAGGAGCUACACGGCCGGUUGACAGACAGGUGGACGGAACUGCAGCGCAUGCUGAAGGACUCUGGCCACUGGCUGGAUGCAAAGAAGGAGGUGGAGCCUUUGCUAAAGCGAGCCAAUGACAAGCUGGAGUCCUGGAAGGAGAUAUCCUAUACGGUGGAUGCACUUAAGAAGCAGAACGCUGACCUAAAGAAUUUUGUGAAGGACCUGCAGCAGUGGCAGACGUCCGUGGACGUGAGUAACGACCUGGCCCGUGAUCUGCUGAAGAACUACGCCAACGACGACACCAGCAGAGUUAACCUGCUCACAGACAACGUGAAUGCCACCUGGGCCAACAUCAACAAGAGGGUGGGCGACAGGGAGGCGGCCCUGGAGGCGGCUCUGCGGCUGCUGCAGCAGUUCUAUCUGGACCUGGAGAAGUUCCUGAACUGGCUGACGGAGGCGGAGACCACGGCCAACGUGCUCCAGGACGCCACCCACAAGGAGGGGCUGCUGGAGGACCCGUCCAUGGGACACCAGCUGAUGGCGCAGUGGCAGGAGCUCCAGUCGGAGAUCCAGGGCCACACGGAGGCCUUCCACACGCUGGACGAGAAUGGCCAGCGCAUCCUGACCUCGCUGGAGGGGUCCGAGGACGCGGGCCUGCUGCAGCGGCGGCUGGACAACAUGGGCCAGCGCUGGAACGAGCUGCGCAGCAAGUCCCUCAGCAUCAGGUCUCACCUGGAUGCCAGCACACAGCAGUGGAAGCGGCUGCACAUGUCCCUGCAGGAACUGCUCAACUGGCUGGCACUGAAGAGCGAGGAGCUGGCCCAGCAGGCACCUGUAGGGGGCGAUGUCCCCACUGUGCAGCAGCAGCUUGACACACACAGGGCGUUCAGGAAGGACAUUCGGGCCAAGGAGCCUGCGGUGACCGGCGCGCUGGAAGCAGUGAGGGUCUUCCUGUCAGAGCAGCCGACUGACGGAGCAGGGAGGGCGGAGCCGGAGCAAGGAGAGUUGACCCCCGAGGAGCGCGCUCAGAACAUGGGGCGUGUCCUGCGGAAGGAGGCGGAGGACGUGCGCGCGGGGUGGGAGGGGCUGAGGCUGCGCUCGGCCGACUGGCAGCAGCAGCUGGACCGGGCCCUGGCGCGGCUCCUGGAGCUCCAGGAGGCCCAGGACCGGCUGGACCUCAGGCUGCAGCAGGCCGAGGCCGUCAAGGAGUCCUGGGAGCCCGUGGGCGACCUGCUCAUCGACUCCCUGCAGGACCACAUCGACAGAGUCAAAGCUUUUCGAACAGAGAUCGCCCCCAUCAAAGAUGACGUAACUCAGGUGAAUGAUCUCGCCUCCACCUUUGGGCCCAUGGGCAUCCAGCUGUCAAGGCUGAACCUCAACAGGCUGGACGACCUCAACACGCGGUGGAAGCUUCUACAGGUUUCCAUUGAAGAGCAUUUCAGACAGCUGAAUGAGGCCCACCGGGACUUCGGCCCUCAAUCUCAGCACUUCCUCCUUCCCUCUGUUCAGCGUCCGUUUGAACGCUCCAUCUCUCCGAACAACGUGCCCUACUACAUCAACCACCAGACACAAACCACCUGCUGGGACCAUCCCAAGAUGGCGGAGCUGUACCAGUCUCUGUCUGACCUGAACAACGUGCGGUUCUCCGCCUACAGGACCGCCAUGAAGCUCCGGCGGCUGCAGAAGGCCCUCUGCUGUGAAAGUCUGAGCAGGCAGACGUUUGCCGUCUGGUUGGAUGUUUGUUUGGAAGGUGCCGUCCCCGUCCCCCGCCCCAUGGGCACGGUGAUGGACAUCAUGCAGAUCAUUAACUGCCUGACCAGCGUGUACGACCGUCUGGAGCAGCAGCACAGCAGCCUGGUCAACGUCCCGCUGUGCGUGGACAUGUGUCUCAACUGGCUGCCACGUUUCCACAGAGGGCGAACAGGAAAAAUCCGCACUCUGUCCUUCAAAACGGGCAUUAUUUCACUCUGCAAAGCACACCUGGAGGACAAGUACAGAUUUCUGUUCAGAGAGGUGGCGGGCCCCACAGGGACAUGUGACCAGCGGCGUCUGGGGCUGCUGCUGCACGAGUCCAUCCAGAUCCCCCGCCAGCUGGGCGAGGUGGCGUCCUUCGGGGGGAGCAACAUCGAGCCCAGCGUCCGCAGCUGCUUCCAGUUCGCCAAUAACAAGCCGGAGCUGGAGGCGGCGGUGUUCCUGGAUUGGAUGCGGCUGGAGCCUCAGUCCAUGGUGUGGCUGCCGGUGCUGCACCGCGUGGCGGCGGCGGAGACCGCCAAGCACCAGGCCAAGUGCAACAUCUGCAAGGAGUGCCCCAUCAUCGGCUUCAGGUACCGAAGCUUAAAGCACUUUAAUUAUGACAUCUGCCAAAGCUGUUUCUUCUCCGGACGCGUCGCCAAGGGACACAAAAUGCAAUACCCGAUGGUGGAGUACUGCACUCCGACGACUUCUGGGGAAGACGUGCGGGACUUUGCCAAGGUGCUGAAAAACAAAUUCAGGACGAAACGCUACUUUGCCAAGCACCCCAGGAUGGGAUACCUGCCUGUGCAGAGCGUUCUGGAGGGAGACAACAUGGAGACUCCUGUUACACUGAUCAACUUCUGGCCUGUAGAUUAUGCGCCUGCGUCAUCUCCCCAGCUGUCCCACGAUGACACCCACUCCCGAAUCGAGCAUUAUGCCAGCAGACUAGCUGAAAUGGAAAACCGAAAUGGCUCCUAUCUGAAUGACAGCAUCUCACCAAACGAGAGCAUCGACGACGAGCACCUGCUGAUCCAACACUACUGCCAGAGCCUGAACCAGGAGUCCCCCCUGAGCCAGCCCCGCAGCCCCGCCCAGAUCCUCAUCUCCCUGGAGAGCGAGGAGCGGGGGGAGCUGGAGCGCGUCCUCAACGACCUGGAGGAGGAGAACAGGAACCUGCAGGCCGAGUACGACCGCCUGAAGCAGGCCCACGACCGCAAGGGCCUGUCCCCGCUGCCCUCGCCCCCCGAGGCGCUGCCCGUGUCACCCCAGAGCCCGCGGGAUGCCGAGCUCAUCGCCGAGGCCAAGCUGCUGCGGCAGCACAAGGGCCGGCUGGAGGCCCGCAUGCAGAUCCUGGAGGACCACAACAAGCAGCUGGAGUCCCAGCUGCACCGCCUGCGCCAGCUGCUGGAGCAGCCGCAGACGGACCCCAAGCUGAACGGCACGGCGCUGUCCUCGCCCUCCACGUCCUCCCAGCGCUCCGACAGCAGCCUGCCCCUCCUGCGCGUGGCCGCCAGCCAGACCACCGACACCAUGGGUGAGGACGAGCUGGCCAGUCCUACCCAGGAUACGAGCACUGGACUGGAGGAGGUGAUGGAGCAGCUCAACAGCUCCUUCCCUCAUAGCCAGGGCCUCGGUGUGGGCAGCUUGUUCCAUAUGGCGGAUGAUCUCGGCCGCGCUGUGGAGUCUCUGGUCAGUGUGAUGACGGACGAGCCGGGGGCGGAGUAACACGGCUCCUCCCCCUCUCCCUCCCCAGCAUGCUUUUAUAGUCAAAACAACUGGACUGGACACCUUUACAAAGAGAAAAAUACAUCUAUUUUUGUCAAAGAUCAUGGUUACAAACUUGUAGAAUUCAGUAGUUUCUUAAGUCUAAAAAUUGUUUUAUUAACAAAGGCAGGUUUUUACACUUCUAUGCAAUUGUACAAAACACUUCGGAAAUGUGUGUGAAAUGAUUUGCUGUUUCUUUGUAUGGAGCACAUUUCAGAUCGUUCAAAAAAAAAAGUUUGUAACAAUUAAAAAGAUUGUAAACUAAAGGACGCUUUAUAUGACAUACAUUUAUUUAUGAAAAACAUGAAAAAAUCUUUUAAAGGCAAUGCAUUUGUUGUGCAACUUUAUAGAUGUGUGUAUGUACGUGUGUGAGUGUGUGCGCGUGCGUGUGAAGGAGAAACGUUCACCUUAACAGUGUUGUCGUUCUUGCUUUAGAUAAAACCCCCACCAAUAUUGUUACCAAAUUAUUCACCCAAGUCAUUGGUCUUUCUGUUUACUUCACUGUCUCUUGAUUUCCCAGCAUGCUCCACACCUUUUUUUGAAAUGCAGUAUUAUAACUCACCUUGUAUCACUUCCUGCUGUUUUCACAUGAUGGUUGCGUAAGCUGAUCCUGGAUCAGCUGGUGCAGAGCAUUUUUUUUCUCCGACACCUAGUUAAAUCACAUUUUCCCUUUUGUGUUUAGAUUCAUUGCGAAGUAGUAUCUUUGAAAAAAACCCUUUCGAAAGAUUUUUUAUAAUCAAGAAUCGAUAACGUAUUGUUUUCAAAAGGAUGAGAAAGGGAGACUUGGUUCUUUUCGGAUGUGUCUGAAAUCUGUUGAAGGUGAGAUUGAAAAGUGAUAACUUGUACCGAAUGUUGUGCUUGAAAGCAGAGGGGGGGGGUGUACGUUUGUUUUUUUCGGUCACAGAAGAGAUUAUUUUGUUGGAAUUUAGUCUUUUCCAAGCACACUGAGAGAUGGACACGUGGAAGAGGAGUGUGUUGCUCUGCGCAGAUCCCUGCCCAUUCUUCCAGUCAUGCAAGUUCUACCUCAGUUUCUUCGGUACUCCGUACUUUCGGUAUUCUGUCCAGUUCUCCAUUACGCCUCAGCGAGAUUUCAGUGAAAUUACCAUCUUAAAGCAUCUAAACUGAAUUCAGCCAUUGUCUUAGACUUUUAAUGUGUCCUUCUUCUCCAUCUUGUCUGUGUUCUUGUUCAAACAUUGUAUUUCUAAAUACAUUGUUUUUGCUUUUGUUUUUUUGUUUGUUAGUGUCACGGAGAUGGAAUCUGAAUACACUCACUACUUUCGUUAAUAACACUGCACCCUUUUCCGAGAUGCAUUUUAGUUUUUGCUUUAUUGUUGCUUCGAAAGGGCAAGCAUUACCUAUUUAAUCACGAAGUACUAAAUAUAACCAUUAAUUUUGUUGUAUAAUCUGAUUAAAAAUGAGUAAACCUGACUGACGCCUCUCGUGGUGACGGCAUGUUCCAGGAUGUUUUCAGAUAUUUCAUAUAUUCAUCUCUAACCCCAAUAUCAUUUUUGUCUUUAUUUUAAAAAAAUCUCAUGUUACACAUUUUCCUUCGAAACAUAUCAAAUGCCACCAAAUAUAUGCCUUACUACUGUAAUAUAAAUAGCUUUACUGUGUAUAUCAAUAAAGCACGCAGUUAUGUUAA